AUGACACCAUAUUUAAAAUUAAUACAUCUAACAAAAGAUGGAUCUUUACAUGUACUCUAUUUCAUCUACUAUGUUGCAAUGUGGAUCGUUGGCAUAUUUCAAUCAUUUCCUUUAUUCCAUCGUAUACUAUUGUGUGUAUUGUACAGUAUCGUUUUCGUAGCAUGUUUGUUCCGUAUGAUCUAUGGAUCACCUAUCAAACAUUUAAAUCAUCUUUUUGUUUAUACAAACAUUGAUCUAGUCGGUCAUCCGCUCACCGUCACUGUCUAUGUCGACAAUAUCGGCUUGGAUCUCACCCUUGUAAGCUUCCAAGAGGUCGACUUGGACGGCGUAGUCUUGCGGGAGCACCUGGUCAACUCGUGGACGCCAAUCGUCGCGGGAGAGGAAGAUAUCCACUAUGCAACCUAUCUCGAACCAUAUGUUUCGAUCAAUGCAACCUUUACAACAUUUAACAAGUAUAAAAAGGUCAAGUUUGCAGACGUCGAAACCGGCUAUGAACCAGACACCAUCAAGGUGUGGGCCAAAAUCAAUGGCUGGGACUUUUUGUCGUCGGUCAAUACGAUACGUGUCGUCUAUCGUGCCCAACUGUCGUUCGUGCUCGAGCCAGGUGAAACAAAUGAGUGCUCACUGAUAUCGGGCGAUACUCUUGUCCUACCCGCCUAUGACGACUUUAAUGGUCUCAGGUACAUGACGGUGCACUAUCACGGCGUCGACUUUUACUCUCGUUUCAAUGACCGCGCCAUCAUGGACGGUGUCAUUGGGUACACUCGCACCUCUGUUAUCAACUCCUCAAAUGACGGUGUCUAUAUUGGCCUUCAUCUGCCGCACUUUAUACACACGUGUGAGUUUGAUCCAGACGUGUCCGUCCUACUCACAAGCAAUUCCUUGGGUGCCGAGGACUGUGUCCUUGGACGAGGCGGUGGCAUCUUUGACGGAGUCAACGUUGUUCCCAAAAAGGGUUGGUUGCUGCCCGUCGUCAUUGCAGUUCCAUGUUUUGUAUUGGUCACUCUCUUUGCAUCCAUUAUCAUGAUCAAUCGUAAAUUCUAUAUUACCAAACAAGAUGGAAGGUUUAAAAUAGUUAGUCGUACAGAUAAAAGUUCUGGAAGAAGAAGUACAACUACUCGUAGUAAUAGUAGUAGUAGUAGUAAUAGCAGUAGUAGUAGUAGUAGUAGCAGUAGUAAUGGUAACAAAGAUAAUAGUAAUAACAAGAAUAGUAACAAUGAUAGUAAUAGUAAUAGUAGUAAUAGUAAAAGUAUGUCAAGUAGUAAAGAAGAAGAAGAUGGUCCAAAUAGUAUAUAA